GCACCACCUGUCCCCUGCCCGCCACAUCACCUAACCAAUGGUUUCACGGACAAAAUGAUGCAAUCAAUCCUCUCUCUAUCUUUCAGCUAAAUAAAACGCCUCCUCUUAAUCACCUACUCUACUCUACUCUAAUCUCUCUCUCACAGAUGCCCUCUUUUUAUUAGCGUAAACAAAUCUGAAAUCCCCUCCCCUCCCCUCUCUUCUAAAUCUGCUUCCUCUCUGCAACCAAUCUCUGCGCCUAUGGAGAACUACUCGUACAACUCCUACCCCGAGUCCGGCGACUCCUCGCCGCGCUCUCGCGAGAUCGACUUCGAGAAUCCGCCGCCGUGGGAGGAUUCGCAGGGGAAUCAGCCACCGCCUAAUUAUAAGGUCAAGUUUAUGUGCAGCUACGGAGGGAAGAUUCACCCGCGCCCGCACGAUAACCAGCUCUCCUACAUCGGAGGCGAGACGAAGAUCCUCUCCGUCGAUCGCAACAUCAAAUUCGGCUCCCUGCUCUCCAAGCUCGUCGCACUCUGUGAUAACGACAGUAUCUCCUUCAAGUACCAGCUCCCCGGCGAAGAUCUGGACGCUUUAAUUUCGGUCACCAACGAUGACGAUCUGGAGCACAUGAUGCACGAGUACGAGCGGUUGUACCGGAUUUCGCCUAAACCGACGAGGUUGAGGAUUUUCAUUUUCACUACGCUGAAUCAGAGCCUCAAUUCCUCCACUAGGAGCUUCGGCUCCGAUGAGGUCAAAUCGGAAAAGGAGAGGUUUGUGGAGGCGUUGAAUUCUGCGCCGAUUAUCACCGCGCCGCUGCAUACGGCGUCGGCUGCAGCUCCGCUACAGCCGCAGACGCAGCCGCCGGCUGGUAACAUCGAUUUCAUGUUUGGUUUGGAGAAAGCGAACGCAAUAGCGGCGGCGCAACCGACGAUUCAGCAGCCGAUGAUGGGGAGAGUUCCGGAUGUGGAGGACCCGGUGUUCCUUCCAGGACAGGAUGAGCGGUCAAUGGCGAUGGAUCCGAUUCAGAAGCAUAUUCAGGAGCAGCAGCGACUGAGGCUCGAGGAGCAGCAAGGAAUCUACAGAAGAAAAAGUGAGGAUAAUCUACCCGGAGGUUAUCCCGCCGGCGAGUAUUACAAGGUGCCGGAGAAAGCUCCUCCGCCGGUUAUGCCUAGCGCCGUCACUCACUGGCCUGAAAACAGGCAAAUCCCCGGCGGAAUGUUCCCGACGAGCACCGAGCAGCCGGUUUACAUGGUCCAAACGCCGGCGGGUGCGUACCACGCGCCGAUGAUGCGACCAGUGACCGGAGCUCCGGCGCAGGGGUACUACGCUGUUCAGCGGAUGCCGUCAGACCAGCAACAACAACUGCAGCAGAUGCAACAACAGCAGCAAAUUCAACAGCAGCAGCAGAUGUACAAUGUGAUUCCACACCCACAGCCAGCGGUUGCAUCAAUGGCGCCGCCGCCGCAGCAGCAGAAGGCGGCGGGAUAUUCGGAGGGUUUCGGGAUGGUGAGGGCGGGGACAGGUGGCGGGGUAGGAGUGGUGACGGAAGCAGGGUACGCGCAGGUGGCGUACGAUGUGGGGGCGGGGAGGCAGGUGAUGUACACGACGGCGCAAGGGGGCAUGGUGGGGGCGCCGCCGCAGUAUCAAGCCGUGGUGAGCGGCGCCGACAUGCGGACAGCUGGAGGACUGAAUCCGGAAGCCGGUGGUGGAAGGGGUGUCCCCAAAGUUACGCAAACUCAGGCUUCUAUGUGAUUUUGGUCAACAAUUAUGCUGUUUUUUAAAUAGCCAUUAAACCUUAGCUUUAUUGGAUAAUAAUUUGAGUGUUGUAUGGAUACACUAUAUAUAUGUAUGUUUCUCGUUCCAUAUGCUUUUGUACAUAUUUCGAGAUCACAUUACUUCCUACUUCAAAAUUAAUUUCAAGAUUCGCAUCCUAAA